AUGCCUUUCCAUAUUUCAAAAUUAUCCCAUAUAUCAGAUAAUAAAACUGCAAAAAAAGAAGGAAAAGAUCUUCAACCCGUUUUAUCAAAUGAUCCUCCAUCGUACGAUGACUCCAUACAUUCAUCUUCUUCUCAUAGUAAUACAGUUACCCCAAUUACUACACCCUCUAAUGGGGGGAGACUGAGUCCUGCUCCAGCAAUCACUGGUAAUAGCAGUAGCAGCAUUUUAAGGUCAGUAAAAUCAAAUCCUCAUCAGAAUAAACCAUAUAGACCCUCAAAAGAGCAGCAAGGACAAAUUGAUCUUCUAAAUGGUAUAAACUCAUUAUCAUCGGUUAGCUCAGGAGCUCAGACGGAAUACUUUGAUGUUCUACCGUCAUUUCAAAUGUUUCAAUCCAUUUUGAAAAGAGAUGAUAGUCAAUUUAGUGAAAAUUUAUUAAUUGAUCCUCCUGUUUAUGGUGAUACAACCCAUUCUUCUCCCACCCCGCCAAGGUCUCCUCCAGGAAGGUCUGGGAAUGAAAAUACCAAUAAUGUAAUGGACAGUGUUUCACAAAGACUAAGUGAUUAUGGAUUGGGUGAAGAUAAUUCACGUCCUUAUGAAGAAGAAGAAGAGAACUUUCUCUUUUCUGAUGAAGACCCUCACCCCGAUGGUAGUAACGCAAAUAGCCAGACUGGGUCAGCUGAAGCAGUAUCGACUCAUGAAACCUACGGUCAUACUGUUCUUGAUAACAUUGAUCGAUUACCUCAAUUGAAUACCUCACCAAUUGAUAUACAAAUUGUCGUAGCUAAAGGUGUUCCUCAAGCAAAUGCAGCUACAGAAGUAGAAACCAGACUCAAAGAAUAUACUAGUGGCGAUUUAGUGAAUGGUUAUAUUAUCAUCACUAAUAAGUCCGAUAAACCGGUUGAUUUUGGUUUAUUUACCGUUAGUUUGGAAGGAACUAUUAAGGCAACAGAACGAGAUUUAAAUAUAAGUGAUUUUACUCUUCACAAAUUUAAAAAAGUUCUUAUAAAAAAAUUUUUAAAAAUGUAUGAUUUGAAUGCAAGUUAUGGGUAUACCCAUAUUCCAAAUAGUGCUGGUAUUGAGUAUGAAGCAUUUACUAAUGAUGAAUAUGAUGGUUGUCAGCUUGGUCUUCCAGAUGAAAGAAUUCUUCUCCCCCAUGUAAAAUACAAAAAAUUCUUCACUUUUAAAUUUCCAACAAAGCUUCUUGAUAAUAAUUGUGUGGAUAAUUUAUUACCACAUAAUCUUCCUCCCCCCUCUAUGGGAUUGGAUAAAACCUGUUUUUAUAAUAGAGGUGACACUAUUCAACUCAAUAAAGCCUUGGGAUAUGGGUUCUUAAAUGUUCGAGGUACUCCACUUCUAACGAGAGACUAUGCGUUUGAUGAUGUAAGUAUAAGUUAUACAAUCGAAGCAAAGUUUAUUGAUAAAUUAGAUGCCGAUAACCAAGAUCCAUUAUCACAACAUGAAAUUAACGAUCCUAAUAGUGAUUCCAAUUAUGUGAUUUCCAAACAUAAUCAAUAUUUCUUAAGAUUUAUUCCUGAUUUAAGAGAACAAUUAGAAUAUUUUAAUCAAGGGUAUCAGUUAUUAACUUCCACUUAUGAAACGAUGGGAAUUGAUGGUAAACUAUUUCAAAAUUAUAUCCAAUUAAGUUCUUGGAGAGCGAUUCAUGAGCUCAAUUCUCAAAUAGAGAGAGAAAUUGAUGUUAGAUUAGCUUCAGAGGAGUUGAGCAUUGAAGAAAUGAAACAUAAAAAUUUGCUCAUUGAAAACCGAGAUUUCACCACUAAUACAAUAAACCAAUUGGACUUAAAAGAUCACAUAACCCGUCAAAUAUACUAUGAUCGAGGAAAUUCUUGGGAAGUUGAUGACAUGUUAGAAUAUCAAGAUAAAAGAAUGAUAAGUAAUAAAGUACCAAUUAGUGUUUUUGGUAAAAAGAAAAAGAAAAUUUUAUCUUCAUUAGUUUACAUUGGGAAGCUGAGACUAUACGUGAAGGUUCCUAGUAAAAUAUUUCCUUACUCAUCACCUAAGCUUUUAAUGAAAUACAAUACUCCCCCAGAGGAUAAUGGAGCUGGUAUCCAUUCUACCAUAACGGGACAAUCUGUUGCAUCGAGUGAGUCUCUUAAACCAACCUCAUCAGUUGCAAGUAAUAUGCUAAAUAUUUACCAUAGAAAGGAUAAUUUAACCGAAGUUGAAAUUGAGCUAGUAUUUGAACCAACCAACAACUCAAAUAAACCACCAUUGAUUAGUCAACUUGAAACAAAUUUGGUUUUCUGGUCAUUUAAUACUGAAUAUCCCUUACCAGUUGAAAUGAACUAUGACUUUUUCUAUAAAAAUGGGGAAAAAAUUGAAGUUAAAAACCCAGAGGCCUCAGAGGAAGAUGACGUUGAAAUCACGAGAAAGAACUUACAGGCACUUAAAGAUCAAGCCAAAAAUUAUAUAAAUUUCUUAAAGGUCAAUAAAACUUUCAUUUCCAAGUCUUCUUUUCUUUAUUUGAAAGCCAUCAAAAGUUUGGGAAUCAAAAAAGACAUUAUCAAAGACUAUUUUGAAACUUUGACUCUGACCACACACAACUCUUUGUUAAAUGACGAAUCCGGCUGGCAAAUCAAACAAUUACCCAAUCAGAAAUUCAGAUACAUCAAAAAGUUAACCAUCCCCUUAACUACAAUCAAUAAGAAUAACAUCACGCUUCUCCCCAGUUUCCAAAGCUGCUUGGUUGGUAGAAUAUACUGCUUGCAAGUUGUUGUCAAAUACAAAGGCAGUGGAGGUGACCAAAAUGAGUUUGCCGAUAACAUAGUUAGAGUUGAUGUCCCUAUAUUAGUGGGAUAA